AUGAGUCUUGCGCAAGAUCGUGAUAAGGAGAAUCUUCAAAUUUCCGAGGAAACAUUCGAAAUUAUAAGGCAUAUUGCUGAAUUAUUUCGUGUUGAUCUAACGACAUCUCAGCUCGCAAUUUGCGUAGAAAUUCUUCAUCGUGAAAUGCCACGAAAAAUAAAAAAGCACAGUGGUGAAUUGGAGAAGGAAGAGGAAAAACUUCGAUCAGCAAUUGAUGAUAUUCACAGAAGAAUUAAACAAGUUCCUGAAAUGAAAGACAAGGUUAAUGAAUCACUUUCUGCAAUUCAAGGGCUUAUUGACAAAAAUAAAUUGAGUAUUGGCUCAAAAAUUAGUGGGCCACUUCGAAGCAAAGUUAUCAAUAUCUAUACAAAUGCAAAAGAAGCAUGUGCUGCUGAAGAGAAUUUUUUACGCGCAUUGCUCACCGAUAUUGACAACGUUCGUAAAGUGCAAUAUGAAAUAAGGAGAAGUACACAAGUUGGACGUGGCGAACUCAUGCAACUCAUUGCACAUCACGCCCGAACUGCACCAUUGUGGAUUGGACCUAUUGACACUCACCCACCACCAUUAGUUGGGGGAAUAUCAGCUCCUGAAACAAUGGAUUUGAAGGUUGGUAGUGAAGUCGCUGCUUUCAUCGACGGCAUUUGGAUAUUAGCUGAAGUUGUUACAAUUCUACCAAAUGGAAAAUAUGAAGUAAAAGAUGUUGAUGAUGAAUUAACCAAAAAACAUUUAAUUAAAAGAAAAAAAUUAAUUCCUCUACCACAUUGGCGAGCUGAUCCAUUGCGUGAUAGUCAUGCGCUAUUCCCUUUAAAUGCGAUCGUUCUUGCUCUGUACCCGCAGACAACAUGUUUCUACAAGGGUGUUGUGGAGCAUGUGCCUGAAGUGUCAUCCGAUGAUUAUUUGGUAGCAUUUGAAGAUGCUUCUUUUUCUCAAGGAUAUUCACCUCCGUUACCAGUUCCUCAACGUUAUGUUAUUAAUCAUGUUUUACCUAAACAGUAUUCAAAAACUAAAAGGCGUCAGUAA